AUUUUAGCCCCUCCCUCUUUAGGCCACUUCCAUAUUAUUGGCUGCCACUCAUAAACAGAAUGGAAGUGGGUGGGGCUUUGCUUCCUGAGAUAACCAUAUAAGGUAUUUCUCCUCUGUGUGACUUCUUACAGAUCCAGGAGUAGAAAAACUGCAACAUGUUAAUGAGUGUUGUGGAUAAAUCGUCUCAGACAUUCUGAGGAUGGAGGGAGAGAAAGAGACGUCUGAGGAGAAGGAGGAGGAAGAGGAGGGGGAGGAGAAGGAGCUUCAUCAGGAUCACCCCAUGGAGGCAUCUUCUCUGGACCAGGACCUUCCCAUCAUGCACUGGGAGGAACUGAGCCAGCGGAUAGCUGAGCUGGAGAAACAGGAGCAGGAGCGGAGGGAAAGGUCAAAGGAUGAGAUCGUGUUUGUUGUGUCUGAAGAGCCGCUGCCAUUUCACAACCACAGAAACCUGCAGCUGUGCUUCAUCAACAACAGCGACAGUGAAGAGGAGGAGGAGGAGGGGGCCAAUAAAAAGGUCACAAAGGGAACAGGGCACAAUGGUUGCCAUGCCGCUGGGUUGAAACAGGAAGUGGCCACGGCUCUGAGGACGUUGAGAGACAAGUUGCUGCCCUCACUCUGCUUUGCUUGUUUUCCAGCUCUGAGCUCCGAGCUGGUGGCCCACCUCCUGGUACGAGACCAGCUGAGGACGAAGCAGGACGCCAUGCUGCUGGACGUCCAGGACCUGACCUAACGCCAGAACGGCACGGCGGACGCCUCGCACAGUCUCUGCCCAGUGCUCCUUCUUUCAGCCUCUCUGGGACCAGGCCGACUGCUCGGGUGUGUCAGCCCCUCAGCUGUUUACUGCUGGUUCAUCUAAACUGACCAAUCAGCACCAUCCAGAGAAACGACGACGACAUGAUCCUGGAGGACUCACGUCGGUAUUCACAGAAAGGAAUAACGUUCAUAACAGAUUCAUCAGGACGGCCAAUCAGCUGCUGGCUUGUGACAGUUUAAAGUCUCGGUCGUUGUUCUGACUCCUGACAAUCGAGCUUGUUAUGUUUCUGUUGUUAGAGCAGCUCGUUCAUCUCACAGCAGCUCCGUAUGUGACGCCCAAGUUCAUCCUCAGCCUCAAACAAUCAUUGGAGCUCAUGUUCCUUUAAGGCCCGCCUCUCUAUAAGCACACUCUCUUCUGAUUGGUCAUCUAUUAAGUCCCUUGUCACCUGUUUUUCAGCAGGUGACAUGUUCAUGCAGCAUUUUCUCAGCAUGUUUCCAGGAUCACUAAAUCGUUCUGCUCCAAAACUGCACGACAGGGGUCUUCAUCUGCACCACAGAUUUACAGGCUCGACCUCUGAAAAUGAAACUGACAUUUUGGGAAAGGUUAGUAUAUUUUGCUGUGACGUUUGGAGAAAGCUGGAGCUUUUCAAAUCUUUUUUGAUACCUGUGCUCCUCUAAAUGCUCAUGUUAAGCCACCGUGGUAGCACGGUGUUAUUAUCCUCACUCUGUCCUACAAGAGGAUUUUUGUGGAGACUUUAUGUUCCUCAGAGGAUCCAUCGUCUUCGUCAAACAGCCUGUUUUUGCCUUGAGACACAGGUCGUAAAGCUACAGGAUGAAAUUUGGGAGACAUAAUCAUGGUCAGCAGACCAAAAACGGACUUUGAUGAACUCACGAGUCAAACGUUUGUGGUGAGCAACCCCCUGGAAACCUGCGGUUGCUAUCAGUACAUGUAUAUUCCCACCAACUGGUGAUGGGUUGCUGGUUAUCACUGGGUGAAAAUGGGUUGCAAAGGGAGCGCUCCACCCAAAAACCUCCCUGUGAUUGAUCAGGUUGCCACGUUUGCGUUGAAGACAACAACAUGUCUGCAAACAUUCACACUGAGCCGAGUGGUCGGGAAAGGCAAACAGGAAACUCCUUCAAAGUAAAAGUUGUGCCUUACUACUGAAAACAACACAUUUCAAAAGGUGCAACUUUUACUGUGGAGGUUUCAGGUUUGUGUUGCACUUUCCUGUUUGCUUCACCACCCGGCUUGUUGGUCGAGGGUUUACAGGAAGAGAAGUCACAUGACAGCUGGGAGCGACAGCCUGCCGAACCAACCACAAAGAGGCUUCCUCUGAGCUCAUCUACCAACCUGCAGCAACCUCACAGUUGGUUAAAACACAGUUUUCUGUAGCACCUGGUGGUUGGUAGGUGGUUGCCAACCGGUCUCUAGGCCUGUCCAACUUUGGACAACGAAUGUUACUCAGUUAAUUUAGAAGAUGCGUUUUGAUAAAACGGUGUUACUUCACAGCGUGCUGAAAGCUCAGUGACUCAUCGGUUUAAACAUCCUCAUCGAAGUCAAAUUGGUCAACUUUCUGACUCCUAACAUUACAUUCAGAUUUGGGAGUUUGAUGAUCAAAUUUCAUCUAAAAAUCUCAUUUUCACAUUUUUUCUCCAACGCUUCUCUGAGUUGUGGCGAGACUAAUUAAACAUAAUCAACAAAAGGGAUCUAACUUAUCUUAUUUAAGUUUUAUUGUGUUACUUACUGAACUACUUUUACCUGUUACUAUAAAAAGGGAACAGUACACAGAUAUAAGCAUGUGGAGUUAAAGAGCUUAAAUGAUAUCUUGAUUAUUGGACAUUAUACUUUUGUUUUGUUUUUUAAUUAAAGGGGAAUUUCACCCAAACUUGAUGUGUCAUCAUCACAUUAAAGCAAAAACUGAAACAACUUCAGACUAACAAAGUGAAAUUCCUCUUUAACUGAUGCUAAACUCUUCAGGUACCGUCUGUGAUCGUCGUUAUCGUUGUUUGCUUUAAAUGUAAGGGAAGAAUCCACUGAAUAUAACCAACUAUGUGCCAUGAUCGCUGCCUUACUUUACUUUUCUUCUUAAAACUAAAUGUUUUGCAUCUCAUCCAUCAUGUGCUUUAAAUAACUCCCUGAAUCUGUUUCCAUGAGCACAGUAGUCAUUGAUACAGUAGUCGAGGAUAUUUAGCGUUGUGCUCUCGCGCCUGUGAUAUGAAGCUGAAUGUCAUUUACAUUGAAAGUGAUGUACUGUAAAGGGAAAUGUGCUUUAAAGUGUUUAAAGUCACACUGAAAUGUUUUGAGGUUGUGGAAGGUUGUGACACUGAUACAAGGCUGUUAAUCAUCCGUGACGUUAAGAAUAUUUGGAGAAGUGUUUUAAAAUGUAAAUAAAAUUAACUACAAAUA